AUGUUCGGCUUCUUCACGCUUUUGUCAAUCGCCAGCCUUGCCAUUGCAGCACCCAGCUGCGUUUGCAAACCCAUGCUUGUUUCUGGCUUGAGUCCAAUUGACUACCCGGUCCAUUCCUGCUCUGGUGUUGAUGAGAACAACUACUUCUCGUGCUCAGCACCUGGCAGCGUUUCUCAAGACUCGUGCUGCUACGAGAAUUUCGGAGUUAUCAUGCAAACACAGUUCUGGGACUACAACGAGAAUGCCAGGUCGGACAAAACCCGAAAGAGAGAUACGCCUUCCAAUGUCUUCACCAUCCAUGGACUCUGGGAUGACUUGUGUGACGGAUCGUAUCACGAGUUUUGCAGGCCAGAGCUAGAAUUCUCUGAUUCAGACAGUUUGGAGGACAUAAUAGUCAAUCAAUUCGGGCGCAAGGACUUGUACGAUGUGAUGACGAAGUACUGGGUCAACACGGAAAACUCCAAUGUGAAAAACGGCGGGUCAGAAUCCCUUUGGGAACACGAGUACAACAAGCACGGCACGUGUUUCAACACUCUUCGCCCCGACUGUUUUUCUGGCACCUACAAGAAGCAUGAAAACGCCAUUGCCUACUUCCAGAAAACAGUGGAAGUGUGGGAAAAGUUGCCUACAUACUUGUUUCUUGAAAACGCCGGAAUCACGCCUUCCGCUGAAAAACCUUACUCCUUGAGCGCCAUUGAGGCUGCAUUAGAGAAGGCACACGGAAGUAAAGUAUAUGUUGGCUGCCGCGACGGCAAUCUCUCUGAGAUCUGGUACUACUAUCAUGUCAAAGGCAACGUUCUCACCGGUGAGUACAAGCCUAUAGACUCGCUUGGCAAGACCCACUGCCCCAGCGAGGUGUGGUAUCUUCCAAAGUAG